CGUCUCACCGAGAAAUUGGUGUGCUUUGCACUCCUCUCAAAUAUUCUCUCUCCGCCGCCACUCUCCAUUUCCAAUUUUUUUUUAAACGACAUUUAAUUAAUUCUUCUCUCCUACAUUACCAGUUUUCUAAGAUUUCAUAUAUUUAGCUUCUAAGAAUGCUUCUCUCGGUGUUUUUGGCUCUGUUUCUACCGUGCGCCGGAAUGAGCGCCGUGUUUUUGGUGUACAUCUGCUUGCUAUGGUACGCCGCCACCUACCAGAACGGCGGCGCGGCGGCGCAGAGCCGCCAGGAGGUGAUGAAAGGGACGAAGGAGAAGGGGCUGUCCGCCGCGCAGCUGGAGAAGCUGCCGGCGAUCACCGGGAAGGAUUUGGUGAUGGGACACGAUUGCGCGGUGUGCCUGGACGAUAUCGGGAGCGAGGAGCCGGCGAGGGUGGUCCCCGGCUGCAACCACGGCUUCCAUCUAGAAUGCGCCGAUACGUGGCUCGCUAAGCACCCCGUUUGCCCGAUUUGCCGAACCAUGCUCGGCCCGGAGCUCUUCGACCCGCCCGAGACCAAUCCUUGCUAAACGAACAAAUGUGGUUUAACUACUGCUGGAAAAUUUACCAAAUGGUGCGUGAUGAUGAUGGUGGUGGUAAAUGGUAAUUCAUUUUAAUCUUCUUCAAUUCUAGGUUAAUCUUAUUUUAGGUCUUAGUAAAAUAAAAAAAAAAAGAGUUCUAGACAGUGUAGAACAUUAGGCUAGGAAUUUUCUUUUAUUUUUUUCCUAAUUUCUUAAUUUUUUCAAAAAUAUAAUUAUUGUAAAUUAGGCUUUAUUAUAGUAGUUGUAAGAUCCUUUUUCAGAAUUUUGUAGAAUGUGAUGAUGAUGCAGUAGCUGUUCAAUAAAAUAUUAUUGGCAAAAGAUCCAAA